GAAAAGAAGUGGAGAAAGAAACCGGACCUGCUAGAUACUCAGGCAAAUCGUCAUCCCGGGAAAGGAGGGAUCAUAUCCCCAGUUUCACAUAUCCUGUGCUGUGGGUUACACUGGAUAUCUGUCAUCUCAUGUGGACAGGCGCCUUAUAACUUUCUUUGCUUAUGGAUCUGUUUUGAGUGUUAUGAAUCAUGAAUUCGGCUGAGCAAACCAUCACAUGGCUAAUAACGCUGGGUGUCCUGGAAUCCCCUAAAAAGACACUAUCGGAUCCUGAGGGGUUUUUACAAUCUUCUCUCAGAGAUGGAGUGGUGUUGUGUAAACUGUUGGAGCGACUGCGACCCGGUUCGGCUCAUAUGAUCCAUCAGGAGCCGAGGAAGGAUAGCGAGUGUUUGAGUAAUAUCAGAGAAUUUGUGAAAGGCUGUGCAUUAUAUCACGUAGAGGUAUUUGAAGCCAGCGACCUGCUGCCGGGACACAACUUCACCAAUGUCUUGAACUGUUUAGUGGCACUAAACAAAGCAACAUCCGAUUGCAGCGGUCUCAUCAAUCCUGUGUGCUCACGUCACUCGUCUUCUCUACGGAUCAAGUCCUUCGACUCGCUGAACGCUCCGUCCAACCACAGCAGACCCUCCAGACUCCAGUACAACCAGUACCACAGUCUGGACAUGUCUGACAACAGCGGCCCUCAGGUGCUUGUGAAAGCUCGGUUCAACUUCCAGCCGACCAAUGAGGAUGAGUUGUCCUUCAGUAAGGGUGAUGUCAUCCAGGUGAUACGGCAGGAGGAUGGCGGGUGGUGGGAGGGAUCUCUCAAUGGCAAAACUGGCUGGUUUCCUAGCAACUAUGUCAAAGAGAUCAAAGGCUCCGACAAACCUGUGUCUCCAAAACCUGGAUCCCUGAAGAGUUCUCCCAAGGGGUUUGAGACCACCAACUUCUGCAAAACAUACUAUAAUGUGGUGGUUCAGAAUAUCGUCCAGUCGGAGACGGAAUACUGCAAGGAGCUCCAGACUCUCCUGUCGACGUAUCUGAGAGUGUUACAGCCCACAGACAGGUUCAGUGUGUCAGAUAUAAGUCACAUCAUGGGCAAUCUAGAAGAAAUCAGCACUUUCCAGCAAACACUGGUGCAUUCAUUGGAGGAGAGCAUCAAAGUUCCAGAGAGCCAGCAGAGGAUGGGAGGUUUCUACCUGUCUCUCGUUCCUCAGCUCAGGAGCCUGUAUGUCACCUACUGCUCCAACCAUCCAUCAGCUGUUCAUGUCCUCACGCAACACAGUGAGGAAUUGGGAGAGUUUAUGGAAAGUAAAGGUGCCAGCAGUCCUGGAAUUCUCACACUUACAACAGGCCUGAGCAAACCCUUCCUACGGCUGGAGAAAUACCCCACGCUGCUCAAGGAGAUGGAGCGACACAUGGAGGAGCUCCACCCAGAUUAUCCAGACAUUCAGAAGAGCAUGACCAUAUUUAAAAACCUCUCGUCACAGUGUCAGGAAGUGAGGAAGAGGAAGGAACUCGAGCUGCAGAUUCUGACAGAAAGCAUCCGUGGAUGGGAGGGGGAGAACAUCAGGACCCUGGGCUCUGUUCUCUACAUGUCUCAGGUGUUCAUCCAGAACCACGGUGCUGAGGAGAAGAACGAGCGAUACCUCCUGCUUUUCCCUCAUAUUCUCCUCAUGUUGUCCGCCAGCCCUCGAAUGAGUGGUUUUAUCUACCAGGGGAAGCUUCCACUAGCAGGAAUGACUGUUAAUAUGAUAGAGGACAGUGACGCCACAAAACAUGCUUUUGAAGUAUCCGGACAUUUGAUUGAGCGCAUCCAGGUGAUCUGUAACAACCAGCAAGAUCUGCAGGACUGGCUGGAUCAUCUGCACCGCCAGACCAAACACACCUCAGCCAGAAACAGCAGUAUCAAACCCCAAAGCGUGCCGUGCCAUACGCUGCCGUCCCACCCUGUCACCCCCUCCAGACACUCCGAGAAUCGAGGUGUAAGCGGAUCUCCAGUCUACCACACUCUUCCUCACCUGUCUUCACACGGGACCCCUCACAGUGCUAUGAUGUGGGGGCCAUUAGAACCCCCCAAAACCCAGAAGCCCUGGAGUCUGAGCUGUCUCAGACCCGCACCACCCCUGAAACCCUCAGCUGCUUUGUGCUACAAAGAGGAUCUCAGUAAAAGUCCUAAAAGCAUGAAGAAGCUUCUGCCCAAACGGAAACCUGAGAGAAAGCCAUCUGACGAAGAAUUUGCUGUGAGAAAAAGCACUGCAGCUCUGGAGGAAGACGCUCUGAUCCUUAAAGUGAUUGAAGCGUACUGCACGAGUGCUAAAACACGACAGACGCUAAACUCAACGUGGCAGGGCACUGAUUUGAUGCAUAAUCAUGUACUGGCUGAUGUUAACCAAUCGUGUGUGGAUGCUGUGGGUUGCCGUGGCAGCGGAUUUCCCUCUGACCAAUCGGAAGACUCGGACUAUGACAGUGUUUGGAUAACUCACACUAACAGAAUGGGUUCUAUAUCUCGAUCAAGGAAGGAGUCAGGGCCGCACAUGCUUUUUCCUGAGGAGGAAAAAAUCAUUGUGGAAGAGACAAAGAGCAACGGUCAAACCGUAAUUGAAGAAAGGAGCCUGGUGGAUACAGUUUAUGCUUUAAGGGAUGAGGUACAAGAACUCAAGCAGGACAACAAAAGAAUGAAGCGGAAUCUCGAAGAAGAGCAAAAGGCGCGGAAAGAGCUGGAGAAGGUUGUCAGGAAAGUGUUGAAGAGUAUGAACGACGCGUCGUGGGAUGAGACUAAUUUGUGAGGCGGUCAUGUGAUGUUUUAUAUGGAAACCGCAUCUGAUAAUUGGGUCUUAAGUGUAGAAUCAGUCUUAAAUCCUGACCAAAAAAAAACGUAACUUCCCCUCAUUCACAGUAUUAAGCCUUGUUUUAAUCCCAAACCGGUUGUUUGUCAGUGCCAAGCAUCUUGUCGGACCUGUUUGCAAAUGUGCUGAUGAUAAAGAAACUUGAAUCUGGGCAUCAUCCUCCCCAGAAUAGCAACUUCUCAUCUCCAAAUGACUUCUUGCAGUUUGAUCAUUUAGUUCACAAUCACAAAGACCAACCGCAUUGGUUCCCAGUCUGAAACUGGGAGUCUCAGGGAUGAUCCACAUAUACUGUACCUUCCAAUGUUACCAGGCCUGCAUUACUGCUGACUUUAGGAAUCUUUAGCCAAUAGAUUAAAUACGUGAUGACAUUCAUUAUGAUUUUCCAAUGGAAAAACCUCGCAAUACAAUACUGGAGACAAUUCUGAGAAAACUAGUCUUAUUUUAUAGAUUAAUUUUUUUUGUCACAUUUCAAGGUUGCUUUUAGAAUAACCUGUUUCGGUUGCUUUAUUGCACCUUGCAACUUUGAUCUUUUUUACUUUUAUGAUGAUCCUUUACACUAAUGUAGAUUGUCAAUCCACAGAUUUGUGUUUUGUACAGAAAUAAUCUUUUUAUUGUAUUAUUUAAUGCUCAGAAAUGUGCCUUUGGAAAAAGAGAUUUCCAGAAUUUUGUCAGCAUUUCUAGCUCUGUCAGCAUUUCUCAGAACCUUUGUAUGCGGGACUGAUUUUAAAUUAACACUGAAUCUGUGGCCAGAAACCGACAGAUUAUAUGAAUUUUAUGUGUCCUCUAAUUUAUGUAUUUAAAUGAAAUGUCUACUGCAGAAUUACUGUAUAUUGUAUAAUUCUCUUCUUGAUAACCUCAAUUACUCUCUCCAAAGCACUCGUUCUAUCUUACUCUCUAUUACCUGCUGAUUGAAAUCAAUAAAUACAAGUUCUUACUGACUCUUCAA